AUGGCCGCCGAGGCUUCCUUUCCCUCCCCACCCCCACCCCUCCGCCAAUGUCAUCUCCGCGCGCCUUCGCCAGAAGGGCGGACGGACGUGGUUGCGUCGCGGGGCGGGGCGGAAGGAGGCAGCGCUGGAAUGUGGGCGGGGCGUCGGGGCGGCCGAUGUGGCUUCCCAUUUGCCAGCAGCGGCGGCAGCAGCAGCAGCGAACGCCUCCGCCUCCUCGUCCUGCUGAGCCGCCUCAGCUUCUUCCCCCGAGCUGGGCUGAGUCCGCGGCCAGCGAAGGCGCCUCGUCUCCGGGGUCCGAGGAGCCUCCCGCGUCCCCGGUGAGCGAGGAGCCCCUGUGGGGCGGCGGGGAGGGGAGAGCCGCCUGGUUGUGGGGCUGGAGGAGGGCGAGGUAUGGGGGGGGGAAGGAAACAGGGAAGUGGAGAGGGCAAAUGCAAUGAAAAUAAGGAUAAUUUCUCUCUCCUGAAACUAUAAUUUCUCUCUCCUGAAACUACAGCACGGGGAUUAGGGGUGGUGUGCCCUGGAAGAAGGGUGGGGUUGGGGGGGCGAUGAGAAAUUAUUAUUAUUAUCAUUAUCAUCAUCAUUAAAUUAUUCAUUAUUAUUACUAUUAUUUAUUCAUUUUUUAAAAAAAAAUAUCUGUGCUUUUCAGGUUUAUGCAUUAUACUAGUUUUGCAAUCCUUUUUAACAUUUCGGAACUCGACUUCCCUCCCCCUCUUUCUGCGGUUCCUUCAAUUUAUUUGUAAUAUCUUCUGCAUAUUAUUCCAAAUUAACUUAAGUUGCUCACUUGUUAAUCUACUUUAACUCGACUUCUCUCCCCCUCUUUCUGCGGUUCCUUCAAUUUAUUUGUAAUAUCUUCUGCAUAUUAUUCCAAAUUAACUUAAGUUGCUCACUUGUUAAUCUACUUUAACUCGACUUCCAUCCCCCUCUUUCUGCGGUUCCUUCAAUUUAUUUGUAAUAUCUUCUGCGUAUUCCAAAUUAACUUAAGUUGCUCGCUUGUUAAUCUACUUUAAAUAUACACUCUUGUCAAACUGCAGGUUAUUACAACAAUCCUGCCAAUGUUUUUAUCUGUUUACAAUUUAUCUGUAAAUAUUCAGUAAACCCAUUUCCAUUCUUUUAUAAAAAGUUUGCUGUCUUGAUUUCUUAUUUUUCCAAUAAACCCAUUUCCAUUCUGUCAGGGAACUGCCAUCGGACGGAAGGGAGGUGAAAGGGCUCACACAGGUUGGGAGAGACGCAGCAGCUGAAGAGGGAACCAGCAGGGAGGUGAAAGGGCUCACACAGGUUGGGAGAGACGCAGCAGCUGAAGAGGGAACCAGCAGGGAGGUGAAAGGGCUCACACAGGUUGGGAGAGACGCAGCAGCUGAAGAGGGAACCAGCAGGGAGGUGAAAGGGCUCACCACUGUCGGAAUCUGCUAGUGACUAGAGGAGACAUGUCUGAGGGGCUCCGUCACAGACAGAGGUUUGUGGACUUGAACAAACUCUGAGGGGAUACGAUUUUACGCACAAGCAGCUCAUCAUCCCAUCACAGCAUUCCGACAGUCGUUGCUUUCGUAAUCGCUUCCAACAUAAAAGCUCCUUAACGGAAACACGUCUUCUGGAAUCUCUGCGUGACAGUUUCCGGCGAGGAGUGGAUGUUCUUACAGGAGGUCCUGAAACCUCCCCACUGUUUUCGCUGGAAGUGUCUCUGAGCCAUCCCUCCAGCUCAGCUCCUCUCCCCCUGCUGGUUCCCUCUUCAGCUGCUGCGUCUCUCCCAACCUGUGUGAGCCCUUUCACCUCCCUGCUGGUUCCCUCUUCAGCUGCUGCGUCUCUCCCAACCUGUGUGAGCCCUUUCACCUCCCUGCUGGUUCCCUCUUCAGCUGCUGCGUCUCUCCCAACCUGUGUGAGCCCUUUCACCUCCCUUCCGUCCGAUGGCAGUUCCCUGACACAUUCUUUUAUAAAAAGUUUUCUAUCUUGAUUUCUUAUUUUUCCAGUAAGUUUUCGCCAUUUCUGCAUAUUCCGUACGUUUUCGUAUCCAUUCUUCCUUUGCUGGGACUUCUUAUUCUUUCCAUUUUGGGGCAAGUAACCUUCUUGUGGCUGUAGUAGCAUACAUGAAUAAGUUUCUAUAUAGUUUAGGUAGUUCUGCCCCUAUAAUUCCCAAAAGAAUUUAUUCAUUGUUGUUGUUGCAUCAUUGUAUUGUGCUGGGCUGAAGGAGAGGCACCUUGUAAAAGGGGCAGACAAAUGAAGUUAGGAAAACAACUGUGUUUGAAAUAGAGGAAGGUGGGGGGGAAGAACCAUCAGAAACAAGGUUUGAGGAGAGGUGAUCUGUGUUUAAUUUUGGAUUAUUAUUUUUUAAAAAUAUAUAUCUUAAGUAGUACUGUGGUAGAGCGCAGUCGGCACUUUAGCCUCUGACAGCUUUAUCAGUCUACCCACCCCACUCCCCAGAUUCCCCAGAAGUUGUCCGUUUUUCAUCACCCUUUGAAAAUGGUUAGGGUUUUUAUAAUUUCUAAGCUAGGGGGAACAUUUGGACACUGGGUAUGUUAGAGGAGGGGAAAACCUGGAGAUAUUGGUGGUUCUAUUGUGAAGAGGUUUUUUUUUUUGCUCAGGGAUGCCCUUAUUCUAAUUUCUGGCGCAUUCUUACGGAAGCAAAAGCAGGGAAAUGAGUUUCCGAGCACUUUAAAUUUAAAUAAAUUAUUGUGAAUUGUAGAAAAUACCCAACCUAGUGGGUACUUUUUAAAAAAAUAAAUAAAUCAGUCUUUAUUUUGCCAGGUGAUCUGUCAACAUUGCUUUGCUGUUUGGUACACUGAAAAUAUAUUUUCUACCAUGCAGUUUGUCACUGAGGGGGAUGAUGAAGACUUGA